AUGAGGAUAGGAAGGUCCUGCUGGGUGCUAUUGAUAGUCGCGCUACUGUCCCCGAUCAACGGCGAGGAGGACGCUGAUGAGGUGAGCGAUGACGGGAAAGCUCAAGCGAAGAUAUCGACGUCGCUCAAGCUCGUCGACGAGGAGGACCAAAACAGAACCGAUAAAGCAAUGAAGCUGCCGGAGAAGCAAGAGCAAAUCGGCGAGCAAAUGCAGCUGGCACGUAGCGUGUCACCGCCGCCGCAAAAAUUGUCAAUGGCGGCAUUAAUCGCCAAGAGAACGUCGAACAGCGACACGACUUCCCCGUCGCUCGAGGAAACGCGUCCCCCCAUCGGCGGCAGCAGAGCGAACGUCAGCAGGGAACUCAUGUUGCCGAUCAACAUGGACAUCACGAAGAUUAUAUCCGAUGAUUCCGCCGAGGAGACUGACGAAGAGGAGGACGAGGACGACGCGCCUGAGGCGCUGCCCGAGGCCCAGGAAUUGCGAAUGAUGAGGCCACAAGAUCGCCGACGGCCACUUCCCAUGAAACCUUUGCGACCCAUCAGGCCGUCUCCACCGAACAGGAGGAACGUUUACACAGGACCAACAAGGACUCCCGUGAUACGGUCGUCUAAGCGACCGAACGACUCGAAGAGGCGACCCACGGAGAACGAAUGUACUUUCUUCACGAAGACGGUGUGUCUCGAGGCCAACGAUUAUCCGCACGAGGCGAUAAUAAGGAGUUUAAGGACCAAUAAGGAAAUGGUGGCGGCACUGCUGACCGACUAUAAGAUGCCUGAUUACGGAAGCGCGGAGGAAAAAUUGCCGAUCCCCCUGCCGCUGGAGAAUAAGUUUGAAACUCGCUACGAAAACAGAUACGAGAAUAACGAGAUUAAAAGACGAUCGGACAAUCCUUUCGACAACGUGGAGGAGGGUUUCACCUGUCCGUCAACUGUCAAGUAUGCUCGUCCGCAAUUAGCGAGAGCCGCUUCCGGAGUCUGGAAGUACAUAAUAAACACCGGCGAACACACCCAGACCUUACGACUGGAGAAAUGCUCCAAUCCACAGUCGAGCUGUUCGUUCAUCUCCGAGAAUUACCGCUCCUCCUGCGUGCAGAUCUACAACUACCACCGGCUGCUGACGUGGGACCAGAAAUUGGGACUUCACAUGGACAUUUUCAAAGUCCCGACUUGCUGCAGCUGCCACGUGCACGGUUACGCCGAAAUCUUCCCGCCUCAUCAGAAGGACCCACCGAUGAAGUCCAAGGAGACAUUCCCGGGCGCAGACUUCGUCACUAACGACCACAAGGAUGACUUCCAGGACCUCAGCAAGCCCGCGCUGAAUCACAUCAACAAGUACAAUCCCAGUGCGAGCUUCGAUUCCACUCUCGUGUCCAGCAACAAGAAGCCGGUGCUGGAAGUCAGCCCGAGCAGACCGAGCUUCACCCUCCCAGGUAGAACCAGAACGAAGAAGCCCUCACCGGUCCCGAGGCCGUACGACAAAUUGCCGCAGCAGCACGCGCCCAAUACGCGAGCGCCGGGCUACAAAGGACCGCUGACGAAGGGCAGCAGGCCCACACGACUCAGCAGGCCGCCCUUCAGGAGGGAGUCCACCUCCCACGUCGAGGAUUACACGGAGGCUCCCGGUAACAGCUCGGUCAAGAACCGAUACAGUCAGCCGUACGACCAAGAAGUGGACACCUCGUUGAGGCUACAAAAUGGGGGUUUCGACGAAGAAUAUCAGGAACCGCAAAAGAGGAUCAACUACAACUACCAUCCCAUCAUAGACUUCUUCAAGCCAGAGGCUUCCAUGCUGCAAUCCGUCGAGCCGCAGCAUACCAACCAGCCGGCGACAAUUCAAAAUGACAAUAACGCGUGGAAACCGAUGAUUACUUAG